UUACCGCUCCAAAGCGUAAGAAAAAAAAAAAUAAUAAAAAAAAAUAAAUUUAAUUUUUUUAAAAAAAGGGGCGAUGGAGAGGGAGGAGACUCACGGUGUCAAAAUGGAACGGAAUAGGGGCGGUAACCGUACCUUUCCGGUGCCGGGAGGCGGUGGCGGAGGUAGCGGCGCCGCCGUGGCUCCGCCGCAGGGCUACGAAUUGAGUGGUAAGAUCAUGCUGUGCUCCGUCGUCGUCCUCUUCGCCUCCGUACUCCUCGUCCUCUUCCUCCACCUCUACCUCCGGUGGCGCAUCCUCCGCCGCUCCUCCUCCUUCCUCCGCCGCCGCGAGCCUCGCCUCGUCUUUUCCGGCGAAGGCGACGCCGCCGCCGCCCCUCGCGGCCUCGACCCCGCUGUGCUCGGAUCCCUGCCGGUGAUCGUCUUCUCCCACGGCGGGGGCGGAGGAGACGAGGAGGAGGGGGUGGUGGCGGAGUGCGCGGUGUGCCUCAGCGAGUUCGCGGAGGGGGAGAAGGUGCGAACCCUCCCGCGGUGCGGUCACCGCUUCCACAUCCAGUGCAUCGACAUGUGGUUCCUCUCCCACAGCACCUGCCCCCUCUGCCGAUCCGCAGUGGAGCGGCCGCCGCCACCUCCGCCGCUUAUCGCCGCCGCCGCCGUUGAGUGUGUGAAUCCAUCUUCGUCAUCAGAACCCGGAAUGGGCGACCUCAGGAUCGAGGUGGGGAGGGGAUCGGAGGAGGACCUAGUGCUAGCGUUAGGGUUAGGGUUUGGGGAGAAAUCGCCGGGGAGCCGGAUGGUGUUGUUGAGGAGGCUUCUGAGUAGGGAUUUGAGGAUUUAUAGAGGUGCAGAGGAGGCCGACCACGAGCGGGGAGAAGAGGCGCCGCCGCCGCCGCUACCGGGGGUGGCGGCGGUGUAAGAUUGGGAGGAAGUGUUCCUUUAUCACUGUAAAGAUUCUUUCAUUUGUAUAAUACACUCGGGUAAUGUAGAUUUUUGGGUACCUAAUUUUUCUUUUUUUAAAAAAAAAAAAACUAUCACACUGCGUAGGGCAGUUUGUUUGGCAAAUAAUUGUUCAUUGUAAAUAUUUACUUUUGUUGAUAGUGCAUGGUGGCUUCUUGCUCAGUUCAAACUUAAA